AUGGCCGGCCCCGUGGAGCCGCUCGUUCCCCGCCCCCAGGCCCCCCUGCCCGCGGCCGGGAACGAGCCCGGCCCCGGACUACGCCCGGAGCCCGGGGGCAGCGCAGCCGGCGGGGGGAGCGCGGCGGUCCAGGGCCCGGCCCCCGAGGAGCCUGGUCGCAGCCGGGCCGAGCGCGCCGUGCCCCCGCGCCCUCCCCCCUCGUCCGCAGGCCGCGCCAGCCCCGCGGGGGGCCCCGCCGCCCUGCCUGCGCGCGGCGGCUGGGUCGCAGCCCGCGCUCCCUCCGCGCUCGCCUUCUCCUCCCCUGUCCGCUCCUCCACUCCAUCUUCCUUUUACUUCUGGCCGCCGCCCCCUCCGCCCCCUCCUUCUCCUCUCCCCUCCUCAUCUGCCUUUCACUUCCCCGUGCGUCUCCCAGGAAGGGAGGGCGCGGGCGGCGGCGGCGGCGAUGCUGGCGGAGGAGGAGGAGGAGGACAAGAGGCAGCUCCCUUGAGCGUCCCCCCCAGCAGUAGUCACCGCGGCGGCGGGCGGCGGCGGCUCUUCCUCUCCCCUGCGCUCCAGGGCUUGCUGCUGCCAGCUCGCGCCGGGCCCCGGCCGCCGCCGCCGCCGCCCCGGCUCCCGCUCGGCCCGGCGGUCCUCCGCGCGGGCUCCCACGGCUUCCCGGGCGCCGGCGGGGGCUGCCCCGGCCCCGGCCCCGGUCCCAGCCUCGGCGGCGGCGGCCGAACUCCGCGGUGGCCGCGAGGCGCCGGCGCCGCCCUCGUCGCCGCGUCCUCGCUGCUUUUCGGUGCCGACAUGGAAGAUGGACCUUCUAAUAAUGCGAGCUGCUUCCGAAGGCUGACGGAGUGUUUCCUGAGCCCCAGUUUGACAGAUGAAAAAGUGAAGGCAUAUCUUUCUCUUCACCCCCAGGUAUUAGAUGAAUUUGUAUCUGAAAGUGUUAGUGCAGAGACUGUAGAAAAAUGGCUGAAGAGGAAAAACAACAAAUCAGAAGAUGAAUCAUCUCCUAAGGAAGUCAGCAGGUAUCAAGAUACAAAUAUGCAGGGAGUCGUAUAUGAACUGAACAGCUAUAUAGAACAACGGUUGGAUACAGGAGGAGACAACCAACUACUCCUCUAUGAAUUGAGUAGCAUCAUUAAAAUUGCCACAAAAGCUGAUGGAUUUGCACUGUAUUUCCUUGGAGAGUGUAAUAAUAGCCUUUGUGUGUUUACCCCACCUGGAAUCAAGGAGGGAAAACCCAGGCUCAUCCCUGCUGGGCCCAUCGCCCAGGGCACCACCACCUCUGCCUAUGUGGCCAAGUCCAGAAAAACGUUGCUAGUAGAAGACAUCCUUGGGGAUGAACGAUUUCCAAGAGGUACCGGACUGGAAUCAGGGACGCGUAUCCAGUCUGUUCUUUGUUUGCCAAUUGUCACAGCGAUCGGUGAUUUGAUCGGCAUCCUUGAGCUGUACCGGCACUGGGGCAAAGAAGCCUUCUGUCUGAGUCAUCAGGAGGUUGCAACAGCAAAUCUUGCCUGGGCUUCAGUAGCCAUACAUCAGGUUCAGGUGUGCAGAGGUCUUGCCAAACAGACUGAAUUGAAUGACUUUCUACUCGACGUAUCAAAAACGUAUUUUGAUAACAUAGUUGCAAUAGAUUCUCUACUUGAACACAUAAUGAUAUAUGCAAAAAACCUGGUGAAUGCCGAUCGUUGCGCCCUUUUCCAGGUAGACCAUAAGAACAAGGAGUUGUAUUCAGACCUUUUUGAUAUCGGAGAGGAAAAGGAAGGAAAACCUGUCUUCAAGAAGACCAAAGAAAUAAGAUUCUCAAUUGAGAAAGGAAUUGCUGGUCAAGUGGCAAGAACAGGGGAAGUCCUGAACAUUCCAGAUGCCUAUGCUGACCCACGCUUUAACAGAGAGGUGGACCUGUACACAGGCUACACGACCCGGAACAUCCUGUGCAUGCCCAUCGUGAGUCGGGGCAGCGUGAUCGGCGUGGUGCAGAUGGUGAACAAAAUCAGUGGCAGUGCCUUCUCUAAGACGGACGAAAACAACUUCAAAAUGUUUGCUGUCUUUUGUGCUUUAGCCUUACACUGUGCCAAUAUGUAUCAUAGAAUUCGUCAUUCGGAGUGCAUUUACCGGGUCACCAUGGAGAAGCUGUCCUAUCAUAGCAUUUGUACCGCAGAGGAAUGGCAAGGCCUCAUGCAUUUCAACCUUCCCGCCCGUCUUUGCAAAGAAAUUGAAUUGUUCCACUUUGACAUUGGUCCCUUUGAAAACAUGUGGCCUGGAAUUUUCGUCUACAUGGUCCACCGGUCCUGUGGGACAGCCUGCUUUGAGCUUGAAAAGUUGUGUCGUUUUAUCAUGUCUGUGAAGAAGAACUAUCGCCGGGUCCCUUACCACAACUGGAAGCACGCGGUCACGGUGGCACACUGCAUGUACGCCAUACUCCAGAACAACCACGGGCUCUUCACCGAACUCGAGCGCAAGGGACUGCUAAUUGCGUGCCUGUGCCAUGACCUGGACCACAGGGGCUUCAGUAACACCUACCUGCAGAAAUUCGACCACCCCCUCGCAGCGCUAUACUCCACAUCGACCAUGGAACAGCACCACUUCUCCCAGACCGUUUCCAUCCUUCAGUUGGAGGGGCACAAUAUCUUCUCCACCCUGAGCUCCAGUGAAUAUGAACAGGUGCUUGAGAUCAUCCGCAAAGCCAUCAUUGCCACAGACCUUGCAUUAUACUUUGGAAACAGGAAACAGUUGGAAGAGAUGUACCAGACCGGAUCGCUAAACCUUAAUAAUCAAUCACAUAGAGACCGUGUCAUUGGUUUAAUGAUGACUGCCUGUGAUCUUUGUUCUGUGACAAAGCUGUGGCCAGUAACAAAAUUGACGGCGAACGAUAUAUAUGCAGAAUUCUGGGCUGAGGGUGAUGAAAUGAAGAAGCUGGGAAUUCAGCCUAUUCCCAUGAUGGAUAGAGACAAGAAGGACGAAGUCCCACAAGGCCAGCUUGGAUUCUACAAUGCCGUGGCCAUUCCCUGCUACACCACCCUCACCCAGAUCUUCCCGCCCACAGAGCCUCUCCUGAAAGCCUGCAGGAAUAACCUGAGCCAGUGGGAGAAGGUGAUUCGAGGGGAGGAGAGUGCCGUGUGGAUCUCGAACCCGCCGGCGGCCCAGGGGACCUCGGAGAGGCUGCCUGUGAAGAUCGAUGACUGAUGGCGCCCCUGAGCCCUCCCACCUGAAGAUGUUCAUCUUGCUUCUUUGACUUUUCUUCCUUUUAUUUUUGUGGGGGGAACCUACACCUGGCAACUGGGAUGCAGACCUCUUCAAGAAGGUACCAUCAAGUAAACACAUCCAGCAGACGGCACCCUGCCAGCCUCCUCUGUACGGCGUCGCCGACGGUGAUCAGCCAGGACCAGAAAUCCGCAGCCCCAGUGACUCCUUGUGAACUGGCCUUUUCUAAUGGGCUAACAUAGCUGAGGCCUUAAUGGAAACGGACAAUUAUUCGGAAGGGGGUACUUUUCCCUGUAUCUUUCCAGUGAGGGUUAAAACGGUACUAUUAUGAUAUUGUACUUUGGCUCUAACACCAGUGUUGCUUUGAUGUUGUUGGUUAUAAAUAGGAACUUUUACAUGUUACUCUUGUGGAUGUUCAUGUGUGACCUACUUGUAAUUAGCGUGAAUCAUAGCAGACAGCCUCAGACACGUGGCAUCGAGGUUACAGAGUAAGAAGCGCCUUUCUGCAAUCAGUGAUGGAAAAUCGAUUCUUCUUCAGAGCCUCAUGAAUUAAAAGUUAGGUGGACUUAAAGCGUAUUCUUUAAGCUUAUACUAAAGGGCUUAGAUGAAUAAAUUUAACACUAAAGGAAGCAGAUUUUCUAUCCUCUUGAAAAGAGAUGCAGGUAUACAUCAUAAUAAAUCUCAGAAAUCCAAGUAUCAAUUCAAAAAAU